GGGUUUAUGGGUUUAGGAUAUCAUUCCUCAUCCCAUGUGUUCGGUUAAAUUUUUGAAAGAAAAUGAUUCCGAUACCUAGUAUUUGGUUUACAAUAUUCAGGAAUCGGGUAUCAAGUUAUAUUAUUUUCAAAUUAAUACAAAAUAUCAUAGAGUAUAUAGAAUAAGCAAAAUCAGAUACUCCAUAUGUCACACAAAUGCUAAAGAAUGAUUGUGUUGCUGCAACAAACUAAUUACAAAAUAAAAAAAGAACAAUUCUUUUGAGUACAGGAAUUAAACGAGCAAGUAAACAUGUUUGUCACCAGUAGAUACUAGAACUUGGCGUCUUAAGGCCUGAGACGCUCCACUGGUGCAAAUUUUUGCCACUAACUGAUGGCUCGAGAGGCCUCAUUGGUACGUCAUGUGCUGCUAGAAGUGCCUUGAUAUUGCCUGGGAUAUUGGUUGUUUGGCUUGUAGCAACAGCAGCUUGAGCUUGCUCAAAGAAAAAAACUUAAAUUACUACGCGAAGCGGGAGUAAUUCGUUUGGUGCUGCAUGUGUGCAGGCUUCUGCAGACAACUUUUUGCAGUCCAGAACUCAGCAUAGACGCUUCCUUUCACUCUUAUUAAGCUCUGGAUGUCCUUGAACAUUUUAGCUCUGGAUGUUUAUUCUCUUUGUUGUCAUGGAGCUCUUGUUAAAAUUUCUUUUAUUGUUUGCUUCUGUCACCCUUUUAUGGUACUCCAAAUCCCUACCAUGCACGCCAAUAUUUAAUUUAUGUACACAGGCAUGUCACUAUGUCCGAAGUUAACAGCCUGAUUCAAGUGAUGAAUUGCUUGGAUUAGCUGAGAAUUCCCAGGCUGAUUCUGCCUUCAAGGAUCAAUGCAUCGAUAUGGAUGUACUCUACCGGACCGGUGAAACACAACAGGGUAUUGACACAUAUACGCCUCGUUUGCUUGCAAUUGAUUUUAAAGGAUCUCUUGGAACCAUGAGCUCACGCGGUACCUUGUACAAUGAAAAUCAAGCUGACCUGUCAAAUAUUGUCACUUGGACGGGUAAUGUCUCUAAAUCCGUUGCCAAACCUCAGAAAAGGAAUCUGUUUAUCAAAAGUUUGUAUGAGGAGGAGCUGGAUGCUCUGCAUACAGACAACAAUAUGGAUAAUGGGAAGAAUGAGCAUGAGACUGAUAUAUGUGACAAGGAUAUAGUUGAUAAUCUAGACGACACCGUUAAAUACUGGACAGACUAUUCAAAAGUUCAUUAUCAUCCCAAGAGCCUGUAUGAAAUAAAUGGAUUGUGGGUAGACAGUCAAGAAUUUAACAAUUAUGGAAUUGGAAGAGAUGCAUAUUCUAGUGGCAGAGGAGAGGAAAUAUGCGAGAGGCUUCGCUUUUUCAUCGAAGAGUGUGAUCAUAUUCAGGGAAUCCAAUACGUAGUAGAUGAUUCUGGAGGGUUUUCUGGUGUUUCUGCAGAGUUUUUGGAGGCUAUGGCAGAUGAAUAUACAAACAUCCCAGUUUUGCUCUAUACUGUUCGGGAUCCUGCCUCUGAUACAAAUCUUAAAAGCCGAAAACAGACAGUAUCUCAUUAUGUUCACGAUGCAGUAUCUUUUUCAAGAUUAUCAUCCUUCUGUAAAUUGAUUGUGCCUCUCGGUUUGCCAUCCUUAAGUAUAAAUUCCAGAUAUCUACGUAUAAACGACAAAAAGCCAUACCAUUCCAGUGCUGUUUAUGCCUCUGCUCUGCAUUCAGUAACUCUGCCUUUCCGGAUGAAACCAUUUGGACCUACUACUGAAUCACGCUAUGAAUCAGGCUGUUUGAAUAUUUAUGAGUCGAUACAAAUGUUAGCGGGCCAAUCUAGGCAGAACAAAGUUUCUAUUUUAGAUGUCGCGAUGCCUGCACCUUCUCUGAAAGGGAAAGAAGCAGGGAAACUUUUGUUAAGAAAUAUGCACACGCUGACCCCAGAGACAGCAACCAACUCGGAAGACUUGCAAUCAACAGAGGUGAUCACUUUGCAUGGAGUACUUGGAUCAGGAGGUCAUCAUGCAUCAGUUGCUGAAGUCAAUGAUGCUUUUCAAGCUGCUUAUGAGCAUUCAACAAGUCCGAAAUUCUCUCAUGUCUCAGUUUCUCGUUGUCCGCUUCCUAUACCAUUGCCUUUCCCCUCGAUCUUCAGCAACCUUGUUGGGCAGCAUGGCGAGCUUCUAAGUGAAACGUCAUCAUCAUCAGCAAGAGGAUCACUUGAUGUCCAUUCCAUACCCAUGGGCGCAAGACUGCGAUCAAGCAGUGACAUUUUGCCAUUCUUAGAGACUAGACUGCGUAAUUUCCGCAGGUUUGGUGUUGAACGAGGAGCUCUUGGAAAGGAGUUGCUUAGGACCUGGGGGUUUGAAAAAGAUGACCUGGAAGAUUUAGAAGAUGUACUGCAUAAGAUGGUGAAUGCACUUGUCCCUGAGUCUCAACUAUCCUCUGAUUCUGAAUAGGAACAUAAGAUAAACUGUGUAUCUGGUUUACUAAACACCAUGUAGACAGCCUCAAAGAUUAGUUCAUAUAAGACUUAAUUUGUGGGAUCAUAAGGCUGACAUCCGUAUCUAUACCCGCUCUGUCCCAUUCAUGUCUAUACAUUUUCCAUUUUGAGAUGUCGUAUCAUUUCUAUAUAUUUCAAAAACUAUAACUUUUAAUAAUAUAAAAUAUUAUUACACCUACUA